AUGAGCCGCUGCCGCUGCACCGCAAGAAGGAAGAAAAUAGGCGAGGGCGCCGGCUCGACGCCGCUCGUCGUGGCGCUCGACGGGAGCGCGCUCAUGCUUGACCCCGCCGCCGCCGCGGCUCGGCUGACCUCGCUGGACGAGCACGCGCGCCUCGGGCGCGCGGACAUCGGCGUCCUCGGCGCCGCGACGGCGGCGGCGUUCACCGGCUCGGUGAUGGGCGGCUGGCGCGACGGCGACGCGGGGAUGCUCGAGCGGCGAGAGGCGAUCGACCUCGCCGAGUCGGAGCUCGACAGCGCGCUCGGCGAGAUUGCGGAGGCGGAGCAGCGCUCCGAGCCCGUCGCCCUCGGCCCGUGGCUGAAGCGGUACUUUGCGCUCGCGCGCCGGUCCGAGUGUGGCUUCUCACCCUUCAUGGUCUUGCUGCUGCUGCAGUGCGUCGAGUCGCAGUCUGUCGAGGCGGCCUCCGUGUACAUCGCCUCCCGCGCGCUCGGACGGCUCAACCUUGCGAGGCAGGCCGAGGAGCGCGCGCUCGGCGUCCCGGCCGCGAUCGAGUUGGACCGGGCUGGCCCAGUGGGAGAUCACCUCCGCCAUGUCGCUGCUCACACUGUUUUUG